AUGACUAGAGGCAUGUUCUGGUGGUUGAAGAGCUCGAAAAGUCUUGAGGAGAUCAGGAUCAAAGACACCCUGCUGCAAAUGGGCCACUACGUGUGUGAGGUCUUUUAUCACCCAGCCCACCCAGCGGUUCAUUCACGCAUUCGCUGUCUGCGGGACCAAGAUGAAGAAGACAAUGUCAUCGAUACCUAUAAAGACUCAAGACAGUUCUUUCAGGUGCAUGUGGGUUACACCAUGAUGAGUGUUGAGGGGCUGGGACUGGGCAUUUUAAUUGCUAGGGAUGAAGGUGGCAGAAAAUCAAUAACUGUCAGAGGACCUGGGACCUCAGAGGAAGUGAUGCUGCAGCUGGGUGAAAUGCUUUCUUUCAAUGUGCCAUCGUGUUUUAUGGGACCACGUGUUGUCUCGCAAACAAGGACAGGUGAAGGUGUAGCCAAGCUCUCAUGGGUAUCAGACAAGCAGCACCCGGAGGUGGAACUCCUCAAGCUAGCAGGUCAGAAAAAUGCCCAAGGGGUCCCAAGAAUUAUUGGCCACAGCACCAUCACCAGCAUCGCUGACAUGGGCUGCGACAUGGCUUUCGACGAUAAGCACCAUGACUUCAAAAGCACACGCCCCAAUAAGGGGUCGCAGGUAUCCAAACAAUCGCAUUCCAUCAAUCAACCAUCAAGGGACACCCAGGAAGAGAAUGAACCAACUUUCUCCAUUCAGUCAGCGCACAAGCUGAGCCUCUUCACCAGGAAUGGUGAAGAACUCCAUGACAAUUGUGUCCUCUGGUGUCUGAUAAUCUCACCCGCUGGCCGGGCAAUCUAUAACUACAGGUCAUCCUUGGAGCUUCUCACAGCGCUUCAUGAUGCAAUAAAGGUGCAUCGAUCUCUUUACCUGGAUGGGAACAUCCUUCAUCAGGAUAUUUCAGAAAACGAUAUAACAAUAACCGAUCCUCAAAUGGCGGAAGAUCUUGCCAAGGAAGUCAGCAGUGAGCGCAGCAGCGCACAGCACCAGACCGGCACCAUGGAGUUCAUAGCUAUUGAGGUGCUGCUUCAUAUCCACAUGAUGAGUCGUUCUUCUACGUCCUUACCUGGCAGUGUGCCGGUCAACGGUUGGGAAAAGUUACAGCAAUUGCGCAGAAGUUAUAUCAGCUACAUGGCUGGAACUGGUGGAUUUGAAACGCAUCCUAACAACGAAUUUUCUCCACCGAACAACAGUUUGCUGAGAAAGUGGUUCACUGAUUCCUGCAGGGAUACUGCAAGAUUUAAGCGAAGCGACAUGGGUGCGGAUGGAUUUGAGGGUAUUUUUCACCUGAGUUCCCCCAAAUAUCUGAGUUUUGCCAAAACUCUUUGCAGAGCUAUACGAGACAUUCUUUUGCCGUAUGGGGACAGAGGAAUUAUCGUUGGCACCCCGCAAGACCAAAAACGCUUAUUCAAUCCUAUUAUCCAGGCGUACGACGACGCGAUAUCUCUGAUUGGGAUGUCAAAUGAUUUGAUAACAGAGGGAGUCGGUGCCAUUUUUAUUUUUGUUGUUGAAGUUUGCACGUUUGCGAUGGAAUACAUCAUUUUGCAACUGGCAUGA